UAUGUAAUUGUGAGUGGUGUUAUUUGCGAAGAACGAAGAGCACAAGUUUUUCGCAGCUUUGGUUUUCCAUCGAAAGCAUAAAGCAAUUAAGCGCAACGCAUCCCCCGGCCAUCCUUAAACUUACUCACACACUAGGGCGCACACACCGAAAAGACGCUGCAUGUGUGUGUGUGUAUAGACAACUGUCUUGCGUGGUGCCGGGUUACAUAUUUUUAUUGAAUUUUUCUCGUGGGCCUGCCAAAACAAAUGUGCAUGCAGUAGAAGGGCCACAAAUUGGCGGCAGUUUAAAGAAAACCCCGAAAACAGACAGCAAAAUCACAGUCUAGCGAUGAUGUUCACGGGCACCAACCAGCAGCAGGACACUCGGUUCAGCGACAAGGAAAAGAAACUAAUGAAACAAAUGAAGUUCGGCGACUGUCUGAGCAAGCGCGUGGACAUGUCCAAGGUGAAGCUGGACGUGCUACGGCCGUGGAUCAGCAAGAAAAUCACCGACAUACUCAACAUCGAAGACGAUGUUGUGGUGGAGUUUGUAUAUAACCAGCUGGAGGAGGAGAAGUAUCCAUGUCCCAAGAAAAUGCAAAUAAAUAUGACCGGGUUCCUCAAUGGCAAAAAUGCCCGCCAGUUUAUGGGCGAGCUCUGGGCUCUGCUGCUCUCGGCCCAGGACAGUGACUCCGGCAUCCCGGCUGAGUUCAUACAGCAAAAGAAGGACGAGAUACUCAAGCGCGAGGAGGAGCUACAGCAACGCCAGCGCGACAGAUCCCGCUCACGUUCUCGCUCCUCGCGCGGGAAUUCCCGGCGUGACCGUCAACGUGAUCGAUCUCCAAAUGGCGGCAAAUCCAAGUCCCGCUCCCGUUCGCGCUCGCGAUCGGCCAAGCCAGCCAACAAUGGCUCGGUGCCAAGUGCCGCCCGUGAGGCGGCCGCCAAUGCAGCGGCUCGAAUUCGCAAACGCGGCGGCUCACCCUCGGCCACCCGUCCUGCCUCCAGGGAGCGGCGUCCCAGCCGCCGCCCACGGUCCCGCUCUCGCCAGAAGACGCGCUCUGGCUCGCCAGCCCCUGGCAAGAAGGCAUCCUCCUCGGACCCACCCCCAGCUAAGGCUCUCAAUGGACGUCACUCAGGGGACAAGUCCCCCGUACAGCCCAAGGGAAAAAAGUCGUCGCGCUCACGCUCCAGGUCACGUUCCCCCCGUAGUCGCUCUAGGUCCAGCGGCAAGCGCUCACGCUCUCGCAGCUCCUCGCCACGCAGCCGACGUCGUGGCCGCUCCAGCAGCAUUUCUCUGUCCCCCGAGCGCAAUCAGGAUCAGUUCGAGCAUCGUCGCAACAAGAACAGUGUCCAAAACAAACGUCAAUAUCGCAAUAAUCGCGGAGACUCGGCCAGCUCCAUGGAGCGGGGUAAUGAUCGCGGACGUCAGUUUGGUGGAGGAGGAGGCGGCGGCCGUCGCGGAAGGCGCUUCUCACCGCGCGGCGGUAACCGCAGUCCCAUGCGUCAGGACAAUGGUGGAGGCGGAGGCGUUGGCGGCGGCGGAGGGCGUUUCCAGCGUUCCAACUCGAGACGUCGCUCACGUUCCCGUCGACUUUCCCGUUCUCCCAUGCGAUACUCUCGGUCCCCCAGGCGCAGAUUUAAUAACCGCCGUCGGUCGCCCAUGAUGCACUAUCGGGGUGGAGGAGGUCGUGGCGGUGGACGCGGUGGCGGCGGCGGCGCCGGUGGUGGUCAUCGCCAGAUGUGGCAGCAUCGCGGUGGUUCACCAAACAUGCGUGGCGGCGGUCGAAUCCACUGGCAGGCGAGAUACAGUCCUGGCGGCGGCGGUGGGGGACGAGGUGGCGGUGGAAUGGGGCGGUUUGAUCGUCGCCAAUCCCCGCACCAGAAUCGCUAUACGCGUGAUCAUCGCCCAUCGGACUCACAGGGAGGACAGCCCUUCCGGAAAUUUUCACCCCAUUCCGGGCCAGGGCGUCGCUUUUCCUCACCGCAGCGUCGCUCCUCACGCGAUCGCCGCCCCAAUUCUCGGGAACGUCGUGGCUCGCCUGGUGGCCAUGUCAAUCGCUGGGACAAUCCGCCGCCGGCCAGGAAUCGACGAUCCACGUCGGAGAGCUCAGCUGAGCCGGCCGGACGCCAGCAACGACAUCGCAGUGCCAGUCCCGCUGAGAGGCGGGGCCGCAGUCACAGCCGCAGCCACGAGAGAAGUCGCAGUCAUGUGAGAAGCCGCAGCCGCUCCAGUCCGCGACCCAGCCGCAAGCGAGACAGUCCUGUUGCUGAGCGUUCUUCGGUGGAGUUCAGCGGCCCGGCCGUCAAUACUAUCGAUCUCUGUCGCGAGGAGCAGCAGCAGCAGCACCAGCAGCGUAAAUCCAAUACAGAAACGCUCAAGGUUAUCGAGCAGCCAACAGCCGCAGUACGACGCAGCAGUUAUGCCAGCCUGUCCCGCACUCCAUCACCGUUCCUUAAACCGCACGAGCGUUCGGCGGCCGCUGCAUCAGCCGCUACCGCCGCCGUCUCCGUAUCCAAGGCUGUUCCAAAGAAAUCCCGCAAGAGUCAAACCAGCAGCUCCGACAGCAGCGCCGACAGUGAUGACACUGAUGAUCAGCCGGCGCGCCGCAAGGCCCAGCAAAAGAAGCUGCCAGCUCCCGUGGAGUCGGCUAAGUCAAAGUCGAAGUCUAAGUCGCAACGCAGCUCGGAGAGCUCCAGCAGCAGCGACCAGAGCGACGAUGACAACUCGAGCAUCGAAGAUCAUUUGAAAAAGAAGAAGCAACAAAAGCAGCUGCAGCUUCAGCAGCAGCAGCAGUUGCAGCAGCAACAGCAACAAAAAGUGGCGGCCGUGAAGCCGGACAAACGGCGCUCAGAGAAGAAACUCAAGCGCCCUACAUCUAGUGCAGAGGAGUCUACGGGCGUUGAAGUAGAGGCAAGACCAGGAAGCAGUCGCAAGCGUAGUCAUAAGAAACCACGACGAGAUGAGGGCGGAGAUGUCAGCGACUCCGAGGAGGAGAAUGUGCCCAAAAAGAAGCGCAAGAAGUCCAAGAAGGCGGCGGACACAUCCGACAGCGACUCCGAGGACUCGUCAAAGAAGAAAAAGCAUAAGAAACACAAAAAACACAGCAAGAAAAGCAAAAAACACAAGAAGCAUAAGAGGAAGAGCAGCAGCGGAAAGGCCCGCCCAGACUCCAGCUCCCAAGCAAGCACCGACGAGGAGGAGCAGUCGGGAUUGGCGCCAAAGCGCAACGGAAAACUUCCGCUCCUGAUCGCUGGCGGAACCGGCCCGGGGGGCAUUAACGAAGAUCUGGAGAAACAAUUGCGGGAGCGCGCAUUAAAAUCCAUGAAGAAGUUGGACUGAACCACACACAGACUAUACGAAAAUAAUUGCAUUGCCCAUGCCCAGACACACAGACACCCCCUGGAUGCACUGCACCCAAUCGCCCGCUCACACACAUGCACGCACUCAGUUGAAGAACUCCUUAGCCCUCAAAGAACAGACAGACGAACGAAGCCAUUAAAAUUAUUAAAAACUACAUUUACAUACACACCAA